UCCUUCUCCUUUCAUUUCUUUUUUCCUUCUCUCAUCUCUUCGCUGAUACUAUACUAAUUCUCAACUGAGUGUUUAGAUGGGUGGAACACACUUAAUCCAAGGAAUAAACAAGUGCCAGCCAUCACAGGAAUGAGCAGUUCAAUUGUUUACAAGCUGUGGGCACUUUCUGUUGUGCCCUUUUCUUGGAUGGUGGUGGUGAUGGUACAAAGAAAAGAAAAGGAGAAGGAGAGUUGAGGGGCAUACCAAUAAUUUCCUGAAGUAUCUUCAGUGCAGGUACAUCCUUUUCUUGUACCACUUCUGAGCACUGCCCUACACCCCCUACCAGUAAUUUACCAAACCUCUGCUUUCCAUAAUCAAACAUCACAGAGGGGGUGCCACUUUAACUGAAACAACACUUCCCUUCGUCCUCACUUCUCUCUCUCUAGAGUCUCUCCCCCCUUUGUUGAACACAAGGGGCAAUUGUUUGGAGGAGCCAUGGCCUGAGCUUGCUGGUUUUUUGGCGUCUUCUCCAGGCUUGGCUCUGAUGAAGUGAAGCCGUGUGCAGAAUUCUACUUCUGGGUGUUAAGAGGUGAGACAAGAACCAAGUGACGAGUGAAAAGAUUGUUGUGAUCAUUCAGACAUGGACGGCAAGGAGAUGUGCCAAGAACCGUGCGACGAGCUGUCCGAGAUCAGCAGCCAGGCGGCGUCCAACACCGAGGCGUCCAACUCCUCCGGCCCCGUCAGCCUCAACCUCUUGCUCACCGUCGCGGCUGCCGCCACCGAGUCGAGCACCACCGACAACAGCAACGGCAGCGGCGGAGACGGCGGGCAGGCCGCCGCGGGCGCGGCUGCCCGGGAGCCGGCGCGCGUGUUCAGGUGCAACUACUGCCAGAGGAAGUUCUUCAGCUCGCAGGCGCUGGGCGGGCACCAGAACGCGCAUCGGCGGGAGCGCACGCUGGCCCGGCGCGCGCUGCGGCUCGAAGCGACCGUCCCCUGCGACUACUACGCCGACGUGGCAUCCCUACCGCUGUACGGCUCCGGGCUGUAUCCCAUCGGCAUCCAGGCGCACGCGUCGGCGGCGCACCCGGAGCAGCGGCUCGACGCCUCCGAGCUGAGGCCUGCGCGGGGGCUGCUGGGCCCGAUGCCGUUCUUCGUGGGCGACGAGGAAGCGAGCUUCGGCUGGCCCGGCAGCUUCAGACCAACCGCCGCCGCCGCUCCGGCGGGGAGUGCUGCCCUCAACUCGGUCGGCAGCGUCGUCGUCCAGGCCGGCGAGGAGCCCGAUCUCACGCUAAGGCUCUGACUGAUCCGCUGACUAGGCUGGUGUAAUUCGUCAGGCUACUUCUUCUUUUGAGAUUGUUCGGUUCCUGUUUGAUAUUUAUCAGAUCGUCGCAGUCUUGCUUGAUCAGAUUCCUAUUGUUUGAUGCGCGCAAGAAGCCAGAGCUAUGUUUACAGUUCUUACUAC